ACUAUAUUUUCAUUCUUUCUUUCUUUCCAAGUUGAAACUGAUCCAAAAAUGGAAUCUGAUCAUCAUCAUCAUCACCAACAUCACCAACAACCAGCAAUAUCUGAAAAUCCCUCUGAUGGGGAGGACCAAGGUGCAACUCACGUGACAUCCAGAUCCUACGAGUGCAACUUCUGCAGGAGGGGCUUCUCCAAUGCACAAGCACUUGGGGGGCACAUGAACAUACAUAGGAAAGACAAAGCCAAGCUCAAGCAACAACAAUCUUCAAAUCAACCAUCUUUCGACAAGGUUGUCCCCCCACAGGAUCAGACCAAGUCUGGUGAAGAACGCAACACGCCAAAAUGGAAUUGGAAUGUGUCUCAAGAAGAACAUGAACAUGAACAUGCCUCCUCGAGAGGUUCUCACACAAGGCACCAGCUUCCGCUCUUCGAAGAAUCACCAACCAGCAGUGAAACAGUACUGAAGCCGCAAGCUCAAAAUACCACUGAAGGAGCCUUGUUAUCUACCCGAGAUUCAUCGUUGAAGUUGGACCUUGAACUCAGACUGGGACUUGAACCGCAGGAUUCGUCACCAGAAACGGGUACAAGAAAUUUUUUUUGAGUUCGAUCUUUGGGACACUGUUGUUUGUAGAUGUCCACGAACCCCCUUUUUUUUUCCUUGGUGAAAAGAGCUCAUAAACUGUUUGAUUUUGUUCUCGCGAGUUUACCCUUUGAAUUAAUUUUAUACAUGGUUGUAAAAUUA